AUGAUAUUAGUAUUUUCUCGGAAUCAAAUUGAUGGAUUAGCCAGAAUCUGUCAUUCUCAGAUAACACGAGAAGCUGUCCUGAAGGGUGUCAUCAACAGCAUGAGUAACUCUGACUGCGAUAAGUGUAUUUACCAAUGUGCUCUGUUUUGUCAGUUCUUGUCACAAGCAAGACGCAAGAACAAAACUCUUCUCCUUGAACACAAGGUGGUGGUUGUAUUAAACAGUCUACUCAACCAGUCUCUGGACUCAAAGACUCGUGGUCUUUGUCAAGAGCUCGAGUCAUCUCUAGCGAUCCGGUUACCAGAGCAGCAUGUUAUUAUGAAUCAACGUUGUGUGGAUACAGACAGUCCCAGAUCCACACCCGCUGUGACAUGGGUUCAGGAUACUUUUAAAAUUGUCCUCGCUGUCAAGGUCAGUGGAGCCAAGAAGGAAGACUUCAAUGUGAAAGAAAACUCUGUUCACUUCAGAAGAUCUUUAAAUGGAAUUAAUCAACAAUUUGACUACGAACUCUUUGGUGAGAUUUUACCACAAAAGACAGGAAUUUCAAUUCGCCCCAGUGAAGUUCUUCUUUCUCUGAGAAAGGUUGAAAAGGGAAAAUGGAGCAGAUUGACCAAAGAUAAACAGAAGCUUUCCAGUCUUACAGUGGACUUUGAAAAGAUGGCCACGAGUUCUGACAGUGAAGUGUCCGAGGAGGAGGAUCCUUUCAUUCUGGUUAAAGGUAAGCGAAAGCUGCCUCGACAUCCACCUGACGAGCCAAUAAAAAAGGACCAUCUUGAAUAUCCCGAGUACAGUGACGAGUCGGAGAGUCUGCUGUCGCUAAGUGACGAGGAAAAUCUGGGAGAGGACCGUGACAUCUUUGACUAGUGAUUGUGAGAAUCUGGGAGAAGACCGCGACAUCUUUGACUAGUGAUAGUGAGAGUCAGUGAUGACAAAUAUCUGUGAGAGGACCGCACAUCUUUGACUUGUCGACAUCUUUGACUUAUGAUUGAGAGAGUCAGUGAUGAGGAAUAUCUGGGAGAGGACCACGACAUCUUUGACUUGUGAUUGUGAGAGUCUGUGAUGAGGAAUAAAAAAGAUCUCUUGCUACUAAUGGAAAAAUGUAUCGGGUUUCCUCUCUAUGUCUAUGUUCCUCUAUAUAUACUACUCAAAAGAAUUUAAGGGUCAGACG